AUUUUUAAACGUCCGUUGAAAUUAAACUUUACAAAUCACAAGAGCAUUCAAUGUGAUCGGAUCGAUACUUCAUGAAAUACGUGUCUAUUUACACGUUUGUUUCAAAUUCGAAACCAAAAGGUUUUACUUUAAAUGAGGUGCGUUUGAAGAAUAGUGAGAGCUUUUCUGUUCACUCUGCUGUUGGUGUCGCCUUUGUUGACAGCCUCGCCUUGGAUAAGUUUUGCAUUUUUACAGGUAUCCAAAAAGAAUGCGACCUGAAUUCUGAAGAAAUCAUUACAAUAUGUCUUUUAACCCCAGCGGUUAAUUGUACAGUAUGGGAUCGGCUGUAGGAAAACCAAAAGGUCCACUCAAUGUUCACCUGGAAUGCGACUCAGACCAUACAGACAUCGCAACCGACGCAAGAAAAACAAAAGCCAUUAAAGUAGCAAAUGAAUUUAGUGUACCCACUAACACAUUGGUGUCAAAAAAGAAGCUUGUUUUAAGUGAGAAUGUUAAAGUGAAAAUAUCAUGUAGCGGAGGUGGCGUUAUCCGUGUAGGAUUAACUGCCAAAGAUCCUGCUGAAAACGAAAAUAUAUUAGAGGCAUCUGUUUUUGAAAAAGAAGAAGGGUUUUGCCAAGAAGAAUCAAGUCGUACACUAUACAAGACGGAAUUUAACGGCUAUUGCUACGGACCUCCAGGGGCAGAAAUAGAAUAUGAAUGUGAAAGGAAGGAGACUGAUGUGUGGCUUUAUGUUAUUUAUGUGUAUGGAGUUCCAGUAGUCAAGGCAGAACUCAUAGAAAACGAUGACGUUGAUGGUGAUGAGAUAAUUCUGUGUUCUAUAAUAAAAGGCCAGGACAGCAAGGGUACCAUAGUUGCAAAUACAGCUGUGUGCAGAAUCAGUGAGCCUGUCGUAAAUGAAAAUGUUUACCACUGCCGCUGGAAUAUGAAACUAGAAAAUGAAAACAUAGCAGGAAAAUCACCCACCUAUGGUUACAUGUGUCUUAAACUUGUAUCUAGGAAGAAAAAUAAAGGAGAAAUAGAAGAAGAUACAAUAUGGGAGCGGAAGAGCGCAGUUCAAGAGUACCCGUUCAGUUCAGUAAUUGCUUUUCGCUUGAGCAUCCUAGAGAGGCAGGUUUCACACAAUCUGUUUGUAAACUCUGUCGGUAACACGACGAAAGAUUUUUUAAAAGAUAACGUGAAGCCUGGUUCCCUGUAUUUUGUGAUAGAAUUAAGCAGCGGUCAGGUAGAAGUGAUCCACGGAAAGGGACUCCUUAUAGCGCAAGAGUUAGGAAGUACUUUGCUGGUAACCGGCUAUAAAUGUGAUGACAGGGAGGCAAGUACAAAUGACAUAUUGAUUGAAAUAAGUGCCAAAAUCAACUUCCAACCUCGUCGUAUACAGUUUGGUGAGAGCCCUGUCAACUUCGUCUUAGAAUUUAAUGAAAGAUUGACAGAUAAAGAUGUUACAGACAUAAAACAUGAUUUGGAGUGUCCAGUUAAACGAUUACAAGAGACAAAUACUGUUCAAGUACUGAUUAAUGAAAAUGAUGAAACAGAUGAAGACGAUAUAAAAUUUGACAUAGAAGUGCAUUUCUCCAGGGAAAAGACUGGAGGAGGAAGAAUUGACAGUAUUAAAAAGGACAAAGACAUUCCUGGUUGUUGGAUGGUUAGAUUCAAAAGCACGGAAAUUGCUAGGAAAGUUUGGAUGAUGAAGACACACAGCGUUACCAUAGGCGAGGAACGGGUUCAAGCACGUGUUUUUCCAGUGUAUGAGGGACUUGGUUUGGCUGUGAAUAAUGGAGAAAAGCCUGUGCAUGAUGAAACUCCUCUAGUAGUUGAUGUAGAUAAAAGCAAGCUACGGUUUAUACGUACAAGAGAACUGGAAAAGAAAUCGUUCCUUGAUAGCAUUAAUAGGAAAAUACAAGUGGAUGUUGUCUGGGCAGCAUUUUCUAACGACAACAAAUGUGAUGGUUUUGAAGCAGAAUUUGAGCACGCGAAAGAUGUGGAAAAUGAUGUUACUGAGCCGAACUCUAUAACGUUCAAAUGCCAAGUACCGGAAUCGGAAUGGAAAAGGCUAGCGGUUUGGAAAGAUAUCACAAAGAAAGAGGUAUUAAGUUACUUCAGCAAGUCAAUACAUCAUGUUAUGUUCAAUGUAGAAGAUGAUGCUAUUGACAAUGUUCUUGCUACAUUGAACAGUUUACAAGAAAAGAACGAGUUCGAAUUUGAGGAAAACCCAGAGAGUAAGAAAGUAACACUAUUCGGAUCUGACUAUCAGGUCCUGAAAAAUGUUGCUGAGAAAGCUGGGAAAAGGAUUGUGAUUCCAGAAAAUGUAACCAAACAGGUCAAAAUCACUGUUGAAAAGUAUUUAGCAUUAGAUACAGAAGGAGUACUCGACAAAGUAAAAAAUGAGUGUCCUUAUACGUCUUUUAAAGUGAACAGAGAGGCGGAAACGGUUUCUCUCAGGGGUCCUACUGAUGAGGUCCAAGAUGCUAAUCGUAAAAUUCUUCAACUGGCAGUCAAUACAACAACUGUCCAACUGCACAUUAAAGAAGAAGAAGCAAAGUUUAUGCGUAAGGUAGAGGGAGGCAAAUAUUUGAUAAAGGAAGAACUCCGUAAAAAGCGGAUGAACAGUAAUUUUACUUUAUCAAACACGAAAAAUACCCUCAGUGUUAUAAUCUAUACAGGUAAUGGAAUCGACGAGGAAAAGAAGAAAAAAGAAAUGUUAGGCGUUAUAGAAAAUGCUAUUAGAACAUGUUUUGUAAAUGUCGAGAAGGAACCUCCUGAUACUUUUAAAUCAUAUGAUUGGAAAAAUUAUAAGCACGAGAUCGAAAAAAGGGCUGGCGGACAAGUGAUUAUUUUAGAUCCAAAGAGUAAACCGAUCAUCACUAUCAUUGGGACAGCGGAAACUAGUAAAUUCGGUAAAGUAGAAGUUGAAAAUUAUCUUAAACUUCAUAAACGUGGAACAGUUAUACUGCGCGUUCCAAUAGAAAUUGCCGAGUACUUAGAUGAAUUCAAGAACGAAAAUUAUCGCGACAAACUCGAAUGUGUUAAAGAUAGUAAUGGUUGCCACACGGGCGAACUGUCUAUUCAUGGCGUUGCUAAUGAGAUCAGUCGAUUAGAAGACGCUAUUCAAAAAGAAAUAAAGAAAAUAAGUCAACACUGGUUUUACAUGAAGAAGAGUUGGAUAGCCAGUGUUAUCCAAGAUCUUGUAGACUUGAAAACACUUUCGCACAAUGAAAGAUUUCUGCUGCAACUCGAUAUAGGACACAGUCUUGCUGCACAGGGAAUCACGGGAGUUGCUAUUGCCCCGAAGUCCGGAACAAUAAUCCAAGUAAGACAGGGGGAUAUCACGUUUGAAACAACAGCUGCCAUUGUUCACAGCACAAAUGGACAUAAAUCAACUUUUGAGAGAGGACUAGGGAAAUGUUUAAUAGAUGUUGGUGGGAGUGUCAUAAAAGAUGAAUUAUUUCAAAACAUUACAUAUCAAGACACACCUAUAAAAAGAACGGACCAGGAACAACAUGAAGCACAAUUCGAUAAAAUUGCUGACUCUAUUGCUGGGAAAGAAACACAACAUACAGCUGAUGGAAACGCAUACAGUAAAUUCAAAACUGGAGAUGCGAUUGUGACAGUGUCAGGACGACUGCGAUGCCUGAAGAUUGUGCAUGUUUUUCCACCAAAAUGGAUUGAUGGUUCAAAGUCAGAAGAUAAAAAUUUGAAGACUUUAGUUAAAAAAAUAUUGCAGAUAUGUCAGGAUCAGCAACUGUCGUCUGUGGCUCUAUCGGCUAUGGGUUGCGGGGCUGGAAAAUAUCCAAUUGAAAAGGCUACAUUAUACAUUGUAGAAGCUAUGGCGGAUUUUAUCGGAAUUACGAAAAACUUGGUCAUAAAGGAAUUAGUGCUCUGUGACAGUUCAAAGAUUGUUGUGGAAAAGUUUACAGAGGCUUUGGAAACCCUGAAAGUUCCAUGGUUCGUAUUCAAACAUGGAAAACAGAUUCAAGUAGAAGAUUUCAUUUCAUCAUCGAGACGUAAAGCAGAACGUCAAGUUGCAGUUCGACCAAAUUCUAGUCAUAAAGGAACGCGUCCACUAUCAGCACUAUCAGCACAGCUGAAAUGGGGAAGACAGCAAACUCAUAUUUACAAGGAUGAAAGUACUCAACAGCAUAGUGGUCAAACCAAGGCAGAAAUCGUUGACAUAUUCAAAGAUGGACUCCCUUACAGCAUCCCAAUAACAGAAAAGCUGACUUUGCAUGUUAAGAAGGGAGAUUUGACCCAACAACUGGUGAAUGUCAUUGUGUGUCCAACGCCGGAGUUUCCAAAUCUUACUGGUGAGAUUGCAAAUGCAGUCACAAAAGCCGGUGGUAAUACUAUUUUACAAGAGUGUAAAAAUCAUGGAGCUAUUUCCGAGGGUCAUGUACAAACUACCGGAGCAGGUCGUUUAAAGUGUGAUAGAAUAUAUCACGCUUGCAUCCCGAAGAAAUGGAACUCUGACAAUGGAGAAGAGUUUGUAUGCACUCUGGUGUCGUCAUGUCUGACAGAGGCAAUAAACAACAGCUUCUCUACUGUUGCCUUUCCUACAAUAGGAACUGGAAGGUCGGGCUUUCCCGCAGAUAGAGUUGCAAAUGCCAUGAUAAAGUCAAUAUGCCAGAUUGGAAAUAACUUCAGGAACUCUCCACUAACAGAUGUCACAAUAGUGGUAUAUUCAAUGUCAGAGGGCAUUUGCAAGAUAUUUGAAGAAGCCGUUCCUUUGUUAUUCAAAACAUCUGGGUCAAAUAAUAUGACUGGUAUGACUAUAAGUAGAAAAGGUUCAAGGUCCCUUCCACGGCGCAAGACUGUAAAAUAUGUGCCACCUCCUUCGUUUGACAAGCAUACGCAUGUAGAUGAUGUCGUUAUUGUGAAAAUUGUAUCCAAAACGAACGGAAAGACUAUUCAGAAAAUGCUGGAAGAUAUUGUUGACAAAGAAAUUAUAACGAAAAAGUUGAAUUACCAAGAAUUAUCUAAAGAACAAACGCUUUCAGAGUCCGAGGAAAGUUCAAUUAAAACUCUUGAAUUGAAAUACGGCGUCAACAUAGAAAUCGAUAGAUCGUCGAGAUGCGUAAAACUUACAGGGCUGAGGACACGAGUCGACAACUGUGAAUUUGAAGCGGUGAAACUACUGGAGGAUGAAUUUCCCAGGUGGCGUUUGAGAGAAAAGAAUAUCAGAGCAGUUGCUCACACAGUACAGUGGUACUUUGGCGAUGAUGGCGGAGAGUCCUAUCCUGUAGAUGCGGCAUCUAACUAUGAAAUACACACACAUUUUCAUGACGGUCAGGAUUUUAUAUACCACAAUCACAGAGAGAAUAAGAAAUACAAAAUGGUGAUAAAUGACAUGAUGGAACACCCUAUUGAUGAUCCUAAGAAGAGGAGGCGUCUUUAUCUAAGAACAAACAUUGAUAAAGAUAUUACUUUGCCUGACGACUGGUCGAUUGCAGUAAAAGGUAUAGAAUCUGCCCAAAUAAAACUAAACGAGAAUGGAACAGAAUUCAAUGAAGUGAAAAACAAGUUUAUCAAAGACGGAUGUAAACCAAAUACAAUUGUCAGUAUUACCAGACUGGAGAAUAAAUUCUUGUGGCUGCAAUAUCAAACCAAGAAGAGACAACUCGAAAAACAAAAUCCUAAAAUACAAAACGAAAAAUGUCUGUGGCAUGGGACGGACAGUGAUUCUGUUCCGAAAGUUAUCAAAAAUGGAUAUGACCGAAGCUUUACUAGAGUUCAUUUAUAUGGAAAAGGGGCAUACUUUGCAACAACGUCUUCGUAUUCCGACGGCUAUGCUAGACCAGAUACUAAUGGAAUCAAAAAGAUGUUUCUAAACAGAGUUCUAGUAGGAGUGCCUUGUGUUAGUGGCGACUCAAAUAUGGCUGUUCUUCCUGUGAGAAACGAUUUAACUGUCGAUAACUUCAAGGUGCAUUAUGACAGCGCGGUUAAUACUUUACAGAAUCCGGCAAUGUAUGUGAUAUUUCAUGACACCCAGGCUUACCCUGAAUACUUGAUUGCUUAUAAUUGAACUGUUUUCAAGGUACAUAACAAUCUCUUUAUAAAACACCACUGGAAAGAAACAGUUUUUAAAGCUGUUGCCCUAGAGAGUUUCAUGUAUUAAGAACUUGAUAUAUAUAGAAAGUAAUAUGUAAUUCCAGU